AUGGGACCAUCUAGGGUAGAGAGCCUAGGAGGCAAACGGUAUAUCCUAAUUGUGGUAGAUGAUUUUUCUAGAUUCACCUGGAUUGAUCUGUUAAGAGAAAAAUCUGAGAUGGGUGAUCUGGUUAAGUCCUUAUGCAAAAGACUCAAAAUUAAACAAAAUCUUCAUAUUUCUAGGGUUCGAAGUGAUCAUGGAAAAGAAUUUGACAACUUCAAUCUAGAAAACUUCUGCUUGGAGAAGGGGAUUAAGCACGAGUUCUCCUCACCAAUCACACCACAACAAAAUGGAGUUGUUGAGAGGAAGAAUAGAGUGCUUCAAGAAAUGGCUAGGGCCAUGCUUCACGGCAAGGAUCUAGCAAUGCAUUUCUGGGGUGAAGCUAUUAACACCGCGUGCCACAUAAUAAAUAGGGUAUACCUGAGACCGAAAUUAGACAAGACUCCCUAUGAGAUCUGGAAAGGCAAGAAGCCUACUAGUGUCUUGGAAUCUGUAAAUAUUGUUAUUGAUGAUGACUUUACUGAGGGGGAGAGUGCUGAAAAUGGGGUUGCCAUAGAAGAUCUAGGUGAAGAUCAAGGAGCCACUGCUGAAAAUAAAGAGCACUCAAUUCCAGAAUCUCCACGAUCCUCAGAAAACAUAUUUGAGCAGGGUCUACCAAAUUGGGAUCAGUCUAAGCCCUCUAGAGAACCAUCUUCCAGAAUUGAACCCAAAAAAGUAGAGAAAGCCUUUAAAGAUGAAUGCUGGGUGAAUGCCAUGCAUGAGGAGCUUAAUCAAUUCCCGAAAGGAUUCAUUGACCCUAAGUUUCCUCAUUAUGUCUACAAACUAAAUAAAGCACUGUAUGGUCUGAAACAAGCUCCUAGAGCUUGGUAUGACAGACUCACCACUUACCUUGUUGAGCAUGGGUUCUCACGAGGUGGUACUAACAGAACCUUAUUCAUUAGGCAUAUUGAAGAAACUAUCACUGUAGCUCAUAUCUAUGUUGAUGACAUCAUCUUUGGCUAUCCCAUUGACUCCCUUGCUCUUGAAUUUGUUGAAUGCAUGAAACAAGAAUUUGAAAAGAGCAUGGUUGGGAAGCUAAGUUACUUCCUUGGUCUUCAAGUAAAGCAAACUGAUUGUGGGCUGUUUAUCUUUCAAUCAAAAUAUGCCAAAGACCUCGUGAAGAGAUUUAGUUUGGACAGUAAGAAACACACAAGGACACCCAUGAGCGCAAAUGUUAAGUUAGGACAUGAUCCUACAAGUAAGAGUGUUGAUUAG